AUGAAAAAUCUCACGGACGACUACAUCAACCCGGAGUUCAAUAGAACUGAUGAAUUCCUCACCGAAUUUAAGACCGCGUGCAAGUUUGGAGAAAACUGUCUUCUCCGCGGAAUGAUUGAUAUUUCAUUCUUCCGAUAUCAAUACUUUGAAGCAUUUGAUAUGGGGCUGAGAAGACAGUUGGUUGAUGUGACAUUUAUCGGCGGGAUUUGUGCUAAUGCAAUUUUUGACGAUGAUGUCGAAGCCAUCGAAAAAUAUACUCAACGAAUUGUUGAAAACGGUUCUCUAAUAUCAUCGAGGACAAAAUCAGCGUGGCCAGCGGCGCAUAAUCAGAUUCUGAAAGACAGGAUUAUGGAGGUGUUAAAACCAGAACGAAUUCGUAAAAAUGGUGCCUUGGAUAGCGUAGCUUGGGGCGCGGAGGCCGAAUUCCCCGCGUUAGGACUACGCAGUCAGCUAUGGGACGCAGAAAACGUGACACAGAUUGCUGAUACAUUGAAAAAGAAGAUUGGCGAAGAACUCGUCACGGAAGAAGAUUUUCAUUGCUUGGCUAUCGUCCGUAAAUGGGGACCAAUAUUUUGCGAAUCGUGUACGAAAAUUGAAGAUGGAACAGCAUCAUAUGGUGUCGACCCUAUGCAUGGCAUCACGACAUUGAGCUACAAGAAAGAAGGCACUCAUUUAAGAGGUUCGCAGGAGAUUAAAUUCUAUUUUUUUGCC